UGUUUGAGAGAGCGAGCACACAGUGUGAGCGCACACGAGCAGGGGAGGGGUAGAGAGAGAGAGGGGGAGAGAGAGAAGCCCAAGCAGGCUCCCACACUGUCUGUGUGGAGCCCCACAUGGGGCUCAAACUCAUGAACCGUGAGAUCAUGACCUGAGCCGAAAUCGGGAGUCCAAUGCUUAAUGGACUGAACCACCCAGGCGCCCCCAAAUCUCCCAGUUCUUAAAUGUGGGCCCCUAACUAGGACAGGCAGACUAUGUAGUGCUUCUCUGCAGUGGGGCUUUCUGUGAUGUUUAUUCUGUGUUCCGGAUCUGCACUGGCCAGCACAGCAGCCAGUGGCCAUAUGGAGCUAUGGAUACCCUGAAUUGUGAUGACAGUAACUGAGGAAUGGAGUUUCUCCUUGUUUCAUUUUAAUUUGAAUUCAAGCAGCCACAUGUGGCUCCUGGCUCCUGCAGCAGACAGUGCAGUUGUGUAUCAUUCCACGGUGUAAGUCCCAGACUGUCUGUCCCAAGUUCACAUCCCAGCUUUACCACUUCCUGCCUUGUGUGGUCUCAGGCAAGUUACUUCACCUCGCAUGCCUCCGUUUCUCCAUCUGUAAAGAUCACGGUACCUACCUCGUUGUCGGCGGGGCUUGAGGGCUGAGCGAGACGCUCCCCGGAGGCACCCAGAUGGUAGCUGUGUCCCUUGGGCAAGGCAUCUUUGUGCCUCCACUUUCUCAUCUCUCGGAUGGGGGUGAUGGUAGGAGCUGUCUUAGAGCAGCUGGGAGGCGUAAACAGGACAGGCCGUGCUCAGGCUGCAUCUGUAUUCCUGUGGUGCUUCUUACCAGGUGCCCAUACUGACUCUUCACAGAUGAAAGUGUCCUGGGCCGAUUUGGUGGCGCCCAGCCCCGGCUGUCCCAGCCUUUCCUCCAGCCAGCAUUUAGUGCUAGUACCAGUUCAAUCUUUUCAAAAGACGUCUGCUGGUGUUACAGUAAUUUAAAUGUAACUGUGUGGGCCAGAUUGAACCCCUGAACUAUAGGUUUUUUUUAAAGGCUCACAGAUGUCUACGAAGAAGUAUUAAAAUUUGCAUGACCCCCCCCCCCCCCAGCCCCAAGGUGUAGUAUCUGUAACCCCAGCAAAGUCUCAGGGGUCUUGGUUUACUCAUUCAUAGGAGGUUAAUAGUAGUACUUCCCUCAUUCAUUCACUUACUCAGCAAGUGUUUCCUAAGUGCUGACUGCCCAGCCUUGUUCUAGACACUAGGGUGCAUCAGUGAGCAAAUUAGACCUAGAGCUCUCAUGUUCUCAGACAUGUUCUUACGGAGGAGAUAAUGGUCAGAUAUUUCUCAAUAAAUGCAUAAAGAAAAAUAAGGGGAGUGGGUAUACUAAGGAGACAGAGCGGUUUGGAGACUUGAGGUGCUGUUUUAUUUAUUUAUUUUUUAAUGUUUAUCUGUUUUUGAGAGAGCGUGUGCGAGUGCAUGAGCAGAGGAGAGAGAGAAUCCCAAGCAGGCUCCACACUGUCAGCGCAGAGCCCAGGGUGGCGCUCAAACCCACAAACCGUGAGAUCAGGACCUGAGCCAAAGUCAGAUGCUUAACCCACUGAACCACCCAGGUGCCUCUAUUUUUGUUUUUUAAUGCUUAUUUUUGAGAGAAUGAGCACAAAUGGGGGAGGGGCAGAGAGAGAGAGGGAGACAGAAUCCAAAGCAUGCUCAAGGCUCCAAGCUGUCAGCGCAGAGUCUGAUGCAGGGCUCGAACUUAUGAACUGUGAGAUGAUGACCUGAGCUGAAGUUGGGUACUUAACCAAUCUAGCAACCCAGGUGCCCCUGAGGUGCUGUUUGGGAUUGAAUGGAACAGUCAAGGAAGGCCUCCUGGGAAGGUAUAUUUGACAGACCAUAAUGAAAUGAGAAAAGCCAUGGGGACAUCUGGGUGUGUCAGGUGCAGUCACCUCAGGACCUUUGCACUUGCUGUAUCCUCUGCCAGGAAUAUUUCCCCAGGAUCCUUAUCACUUCCCUCUCUUCCCCCUACUUAUCCCCCCCCCCCCACCUUAUGUCUUUGCUUGGAUGUCACCUCAGCAUGACCUGUGGGCCCUAAGGUUGGCAAAUAAGGAAAAGUUCUGAAUAGCCAAAGAGACUCAUGGAAAUCUCUUAAAGUAUACUUUACACACAGACAUGACAGAAUUCACCUGAAACACUAUCCUGUCUGGCACAAGCCUUCAAUAAAGUCUGGUUUUUUUUAUGAUCUUCAAAAUGAGAUAUCUCAGACCUGGAAUCUGUUACUUCCCAAGUUAUUAUCCAGGAUAGGAAUCUGACUUUUCCCACAGCAGUUUUUAAGGACUGUCCAAAUUCCAUUUGAAUGUCUCCUUUGAUGGGAAGCUCACUCCUCCACCUGCCCCAGUAAAGGGUCUAAUUUGCCUCCUGGUAAUCAGUCCCAUGAGGUCUGCCUCUGUGUUUAGGGCUACAGAGCCAGUCUGAGUAGGGGGAGGGUAUGUGGAAGGAGGGCCUCACGUGUCAACCUUAGAGUCUCUGUAUUUUGAAGGCACAGGAGAGCCAUGUCAGAGCCUGCAGGAGAGGGAAACGGGUCAGAUUUGUGCUUAGGCCCCCCGAGCCAGAGUGGUCACAGCUGGGAGAGAGUAAUCAGGGGGCUCUGGGGCUCAGAGGAGGUGCCUGGCCACCUUGGUGGAUGUGGGGGAAGGCCUGCAGGAGGGGAAAUCUGGUGAGGACAAUGAAAUAGAGGAGGGAGUGGAAAAGACACAACUAGAGGGAAGACCUGUACAAAGGAAUCUGGGUAGUGUGCACAGUGACCACGGCUCCCCUUGCUCACAAUCCUUCCGAGACCCCAGGCCUCAGGGAAAAAAAAAAAAAAAAAAUUCAGAUUUUAUUUUUAAUCUCUAUCUCCACCCAACGUGGGGCUCGAGCUCACCACCCUGAGCUCAGGAGCCAAUCGCUCCACCGACUGAGCCAGCCAGGCGCCCCUAAGAACAAACUACUCCGUUGAACUCUCCUUCAUUAAAAAUUGCUGCGCGCUUGUGUGUGCCCCGUUCUGCUGGACUAUGCUUUGUUGAUCAUUCUGUCUUCUCCAAAAGAAAAAUUUGUAAAUGGAACCUGUAUUCUGCCCGCCCCCCCCCCCCCAUAAUUAUUAGCCUCCAACUAUUAAAACGUUUUAUUUGCGGGGAGUUCACGUCAUCUAAGCACUUCACUCGGCACCUGGCACAGAACGAUUACGGCCAGAGAAGCCGGAGCAUCUGCUCCUAACUGGGCUUCCCUUGCCGUGGUCCGGGAAUACUAAGGGGCUUCUGGAGGGCCCGGGGGUGCCCCCUCCCCCCCACUGUGAGGGAGCGGGCCCCUGAUUUGUGAAGACGGAAUUUCCUGCCCAUUUGCUCCUCACACCUUCCGGAGGCCAAACGGGCGGCCCAGCUGCGGCCCAAAGGGGGAGGGGCGCGGCCGUCCGGCAGAUGGCGGCAUUUACAUACAGCUGGAGCCCCCUCUCAGGCGGGGGCGCCUCACCCCGGCGUCUGGUGCGUCCGCGAAGCGGGGGUUGGAAGGGUGGCUUUGUCUUCGGGAGGGGAGCACACACCGCGCGUGUACACGCACGUGGGGGUCCACAAAGAACCCUGGAUCUUCGUCGCGUCCACGCAGGGCUACAGCCACGGACUUCCCACACCUAACCUCUUUCACACAGGGACGCUCGGUUAUUCACGGCUUACGCAGACCCUCCCCCCCACGCGGCCACCCAGAGGUGCCCGCACAGAGCAGAGAUUUAAAGGUUCAUAUGGCUACACACAGUGUUCAGGAUCUCACAUUUACGCAAUGAUACGCACAUCCACAACAGCCAAUCUCAAGAAGUCACACAGGAUAAUCAGGUACACCCCUGUUUUCCCACGCUGGUGCACACGCGUACACACACACACACACACACACACACACCACAGAAUCUUAGAAUUACAACCUCACAACCUGUCUUCACCAUAUACAAUUUUAGGCACACAGUCACGUGCAGCCUCCAUCCGGUAACUCUUGAUCACACCACACACGCACAGAAUUUAAAAUCGUAUAUAACUUUACACACUGGCUGCACCUAACCCCACCUCGUCUUCAGCCACACACAAAGUCGUGCCCACAACCACACACAAGAUCACACGCUCACUACAUUGCUUCUGCCCAUAUUACAGUCUCACGGUUGCUCCAGCAAGCUCCCCUUCCCCUGCGAUCUCCUCCCCUAGGGUCUCCUGGAGCCGGGCUGCUGCCUGAAGGGGCGGAGCUGUCCCCUCAGAUAUAAGGCUCGGGAGCCAGCAGCUGCGGCUCCCGGCACCCCCGAAAGGCCAUGGUCAGCCCGCAGAUGGCCCAGCUCCUGUCCCGGACGGUGAUCCUGGCGCUGCUUUUCCUUCCCCAGGCAGGGCCGGCAGGCGUCUUCGAGCUGCAGAUCCACUCUUUUGGGCCAGGACCAGGCCCGGGGGCCCCGCGGUCCCCCUGCAGCGCCCAGGGCCCGUGCCGCCUCUUCUUUAGGGUCUGCCUGAAGCCAGGGGUCUCAGAAGAGGCCGGCGAAUCUCCUUGCGCCCUAGGCGCGGCGCUGAGUGCGCGCGGACCGGUCUAUACCCAGCAGCCUGGAGCUCCGGCACCUGACCUGCCGCUGCCCGACGGCUUCAUGCGCGUGCCCUUCAGGGAAGCCUGGCCGGGCACCUUCUCUCUCAUCAUCGAAACCUGGAGAGAAGAGUUAGAACAGAUUGGCGGGCCCGCUUGGAGCCUUCUGGCGCGCGUGGCCGGCCGGCGCCGCCUAGCGGCCGGGGGCCCGUGGGCGCGGGAUGUGCAGCGCGCAGGCGCCUGGGAACUACGUUUCUCCUACCGCGCGCGCUGCGAGCCGCCCGCCGUCGGGGCCGCAUGCGCGCGCCUCUGCCGCUCGCACAGCGCCCCCUCGCGGUGCGGCCCAGAAUUGCGCCCCUGCGCGCAGGUCGAGGACGAGUGCGAGGCAGCACCGGCAUGUCGGGCCGGCUGCAGUCCAGACCACGGCUUCUGUGAGCAGCCCAAUGAAUGUCGAUGCCUGGAGGGCUGGACUGGGCCCCUCUGCACCAUCCCGGUCUCCAGCAGCUGCCUCACUCCCAGAGGCCCAUCCUCUGCUGCCACUGGAUGCCUUGUACCCAGGCCUGGGCCCUGUGAUGGGAACCCAUGUGCCAACGGGGGCAGCUGCAGUGAGACAUCAGGAUCCUUCGAAUGCGCCUGUCCCCGCGGGUUCUACGGAUUGCGGUGUGAGGUGAGCGGGGUGACGUGUGCGGAUGGACCUUGCUUCAAUGGCGGCUUGUGUGUGGGAGGCGCAGACCCUGACUCUGCCUACGUCUGCCACUGUCCACCCGGUUUCCAAGGCUCCAACUGUGAGAAGAGAGUGGACCGGUGCAGCCUGAAACCGUGCCGGAACGGCGGGCUCUGCCUGGACCUGGGCCACGCCCUGCGCUGCCGCUGCCGCGCCGGCUUCGCGGGGCCGCGCUGCGAGCACGACCUGGACGACUGCACCGGCCGCGCCUGCGCCAACGGCGGCACGUGCCUGGAGGGUGGUGGCGCGCGACGCUGCUCCUGCGCACUGGGCUUCGGCGGCCGUGACUGCCGCGAGCGCGCCGACCCGUGUGCCGCGCGCCCCUGCGCCCACGGCGGCCGCUGCUACGCCCACUUCUCCGGCCUCGUCUGCGCCUGCGCGCCCGGCUACAUGGGCGCGCGCUGCGAGUUUCCGGUUCACCCCGUCGGCGUGGACGACGGCACAGGCGCGUUACCCGCGGCCCUACCAGGCCUGAGGCAGGGGGAUCCCCAGCGCUUCCUUUUGCCCCCGGCUUUGGGACUGCUGGUGGCCGCGGGCUUGGCCGGCACUGCGCUCUUGCUGGUCCACGUGCGACGCCGUGGUCCCGUCCGGGAUACUGGGUCUCGCUUGCUGGCGGGGACCCCGGAGCCAUCGGUGCAUGCGCUACCAGACGCACUCAACAACCGGAGAACUCAGGAGGGUUCCGAGGAUGGCCCGAGCCAGCCCGCGGACUGGAGUCACCCCGAAGAUGGAGACUCUCGUGCGAUUUACGUCAUAUCUGCGCCUUCCAUCUAUGCCCGGGAGGCCUGACCUGCCCCUUCUCCAUCAGCGCCUGGAGACAGAACCCGGAUAUUUUUGUAUUUACUUGGUGGUGCCCAAUGUUCUGCCUUAGACACUUUGGAGCUGGAGGGGGUGGCUGGGAGAAUUUUACUGUUGGGAGUUGUACAUAAUGGUUAUUUAUAUCCUAUUUUCUCCUCUCUCCAUCUCUCCAGAGACCUCUAUAAAGGCUCUUACUUUGAUCA